AUGCAGCGGGAAGUGCUCAGCGGCGUGGAGGGCCUGCUGGAGCGCCAGAGGCUGGCGCUGCGCGCGGAGGAGGUGGCGCAGCUGAGGGCGGCGCGGGCGCGGCUGGCGGAGGUCGAGGCGGAGCUGGCGCGGGAGCGGGGCGAGAGGGAGCAGGAGCGGGGCGCCGGCGGCGAGAGCCUUGCAAUUGCCGAGAAGCUGGAUGCAAUGUACCAGCUGGCGGGGCAAGAAGCGGCGCGCUUGAGAGUACAGUACGGCGCGCAGGAGGAUGACCGGCAGCACCUGAUCAGGUGA